UAGAACAUCUUCUUGCGCGUAUUAUCUCCUGGUACUGCCGGUUCAUAUUAUCCGACAGUUUAUCCGAUAUAACCCGGGUUAUCCAGAGUGCUUAAUCCAAUGGCGUACAGUAGUAUUAUUUUGAUUUCCUUGAGUUUUGGUUUGGUGCAAUGUUACAGUCAAUAUAGCUUCGAAAGUCACAAGUACUGUGACGACUUAUCGCCGUAUUAUGGGGACAUUAAUUUGGAUCAAAUAUCUGGAGUUUGGUAUGGUGUUGAGAAAAUUCCACACACAAGAGGAGAAUACAAAAUAGAACACACGCAGGAAUGUUUCUACAUCGACAUCAAGGAGCUUAAUAUUGAGCCUACUCCACCGACUCCGUAUCCUCAGCUGACCAACUCACCGUACGUGAACCGUCAGUACAACAUACAGGAGCGGUACCGCAUCCGACACUUUGUACUGGAGUGGCAUGAGGGACUCUGGCAGGACGACUACCACAUCAAGGUCAACACUUCACACAAAGGAUUCUGGGCCACCGACGUACCUAACAGAUCUGUUGGGGACAUGUACAGAUUCUUCGGCGGAGUGAUCCAAGUCCUGAAAGUAGCGAACAACCAUUUGGUGCUGAACUUCUGCAUGAGGUUACCAAACUCUCAGCUGUUCAGUGUCGUGCUGUCCAGGAAUGAAAACCAGCUUACUCCAGAAGACUUAGCCAGUAUUCACAACGUGUUUACGUUGAAACACCUCUCCACUUCUGCUCUGAAAAGAGUCUGUGAAAACUCGGCGUCAAAAAUGACAAUAUCAACAUUACUAAUGUUCAUAGUCUCCUACGCAAUUUGGGGAUCUCGAGUUUAACCAAUUAAUAGUCAAUUUUACGUAACUAUUUAUACAUUAUAGUUUUGAAAUACACAAGC